CCUGCCCAAUGGGAGCAGCGCCUGGGCCAGCAGGGGCGGGCUCUCUGCAAAAGGACUCCAAGGUGGCGGGCGGUGGCGGUGGCGGUGGCGAAGUUGCAGGCGGUUGGGGCGGCUCGGAGGCAGGUAACGGAAUCUAAGGCCCAGAAGGUUAAAAUAUUAGCCUGAAGUCAUACAGCUAGUAAGUAGGAGAACCAGGAUUCAAAUUCAGGGGACUAUGAAAGGCUUAUAUUUUCAAAAGAGUUCUACAAAUGAAGAAAUAACAUUUGUAUUUCAAGAAAGGGAAAAUCUUCCUGUUACAGAGGAUAACUAUGUGAAACUUCAGGUUAAAGCUUGUGCUCUGAGCCAGAUAAAUACAAAGCUUCUAGCAGAAAUGAAGAUGGAGAAAGAGUUCUUUCCUGUUGGGAGAGAAAUUGCUGGAAUUGUGUUAGAUGUUGGAAACAAGGUAUCAUUCUUUCAACCAGAUGAUGAAGUCGUUGGAAUUCUGCCACUAGAUUCUGAAGACCCCGGGCUUUGUGAAGUUGUUAGAGUGCACGAGCAUUACUUGGUUCACAAGCCAGAAAAAGUUACAUGGACAGAAGCCGCUGGAACCAUUCGGGAUGGAGUGCGAGCCUAUACGGCUCUGCAUUAUCUUUCUCAUCUCUCUUCUGGAAAAUCAGUGCUGAUAAUGGAUGGAGCAAGUGCACUUGGUAUGAUAGCUAUUCAGUUAGCACACCACAGAGGAGCCAAAGUGAUUUCCACAGCAGGCAGCCUCGAAGACAAGCAAUGCCUUGAAAGACUUAGGCCUUCUCUAGCCCGAGUCAUCGAUGUAUCUAAUGGGAAAGCCCAUGUUGCUGAAAGCUGUUUAGAAGAAACAGGUGGCCUGGGAGUAGAUAUUGUCCUAGAUGCUGGAGUGAGAUUAUAUAGUAAAGAUGAUGAACCAGCUGUAAAAUUACAACUACUACCACAUAAACAUGAUAUCAUCACACUCCUUGGUGUUGGAGGCCAUUGGGUAACAACAGAAGAAAACCUGCAGUUGGAUCCUCCAGAUAGCCAUUGCCUUUUCCUCAAGGGAGCGACGGUGGCUUUCCUUAAUGAUGAAGUUUGGAAUUUGUCAAAUGUACAACAGGGAAAAUAUCUUUGUAUCUUAAAGGAUGUGAUGGAGAAGUUGUCAAGUGGUGUUUUUAGGCCUCAGUUGGAUGAACCCAUUCCACUAUAUGAGGCGAAAGUUUCCAUGGAAGUUGUUCAGAAAAAUCAAGGAAGAAAAAAGCAAGUUGUUCAAUUUUAAUUUUGUUUUUUCUCAGACAUCAGUCGGAUAAACCCCUUCCAAUACUUGAAGCCAGAGUUUCCUUGGAAAUUGUCCAGAAAAGUCAAGGAAGUUAAAAGCAAGUUGUUUGGUUUUCCUGCUGUGAGUCAACAUGCUCAAAGUUACUUGAAAUUUUUGAGAAGUAUUGAAAAAUUACAAAAACGGUCAAGACAAUUCUAUAACAUCCACAGGGAAUAUUCUGAAAUUCGUUUUGGUCGUUUCCAUACAUUUGCCUCGAUUAUAAAAUUCUUUCCAUGAAGAAACUACUUUUGAGAAAAGCCACGCUACUCUAUUGAUAAAGUUGUCUUUUGGUACGUCAAAAUAGUAUUUUGUAUCAA